AUGCCUGCAACCACGAAUGGUAGCAACGGGCACGGAGGAUCUGCUCUGUGCAGUGUUGACGAGUUUGUGUCCAACGAGUAUGACUAUAUCGUUGUAGGAGGCGGAACCGCUGGGCUCUGUGUCGCAGCAAGAUUGACAGAGAAUCCAGAUGUCAAAGUUGGAGUCAUCGAGGUUGGGAAGAACCUCAUGGACGAUCCUCAGAUCUCCACUCCAAGCUUAUAUCCAACUUUGAUCGGACGAGAGAAGUACGACUUCUGCUAUGUUUCCGAGCCGGUCGAGACGGCCGGGAACAAAAAGUACUCGAUGCCGCGUGGUCGGGUCUUGGGCGGGUCUUCCGCAAUCAACUAUCUAAUGUAUGUCCGAGGCUCGCGUGGUGACUAUGACGGCUGGGAAUCUCUCGGCAACAAAGGCUGGGGCUGGGAUGGGCUAGUUCCGUAUUUUAAGAAGCAUCAAACACUGGAUCCAGCAGAGAAAGAGCCUCCAAACAAGCAGUUUAUGCCAAAUGGAGCGAUGGAGAAAUACCACGGCACCGAUGGACCCAUACAUACAAGCUUCAAUGACCAUUACGAGCCCUUUGAGAUGGACUUCUGCGAAGCGGCGUAUGAGGUCUCUGGCAAGGAACGAACCUUGGUUGAUGCAUGGAGUGGUGACCACAUGGGCUUCUACUCCAGUUUGGCCGCCGUCGAUCGAUCUUCCGACAAAGGCAAGCGUUCGUACGCCGCCACAGGCUACCUCCGACCCAACCUUGGACGCCAGAAUCUGAAAGUCUUGACUGAGGCGUUGGCCAGCCGUAUUCUGCUGGAGAAAAACACGGCGAUCGGUGUUGAGUUCAUCCAUAAUGGUAAGAAGCAGCAAGUCAGAGCCUCGAAAGAGGUGAUACUAUCUGGUGGUACAAUCAAUAGCCCGCAAUUACUCGAGCUCUCCGGCAUCGGUGACCCUGGAGUUUUGAAAGCAGCGGGAGUUGAGUGCUUGGUCGUCAACGAGCGAGUUGGCGCCAAUUUUGAAGACCACGUCCUUGGUGGCAUGCUUUACGACCUCGCAGAUGGUGUCACAUCGAUGGACGCCAUGCAUGGAGACGAGUACCAGAAGGCCCAACAAGAGCUGUACGAGAAAACCAACGGCGGAGUCCUGGGUAGCCCAGGAAUGCUGAUGGGCUUCGUAUCUUAUGCCUCCAUCGUCGAUAAGGACACACUCGACCAAACAAUCAGCGAAAUCAGGAAGAACUCUUUAGCCAAAACCGACUUCGAAAAGAGGCAAGAGGACGUUGUUGUACGCCAGCUGUCGGACCCGACUUUCGCCAACAUUCAAACCUUCUGCAUUCCAUGCCAGUUAGAUCUCAGCGCAGGAGAGAACCAGGUCAAGUUUUUCUCUGCGCCGCCGACUGGUAAGAAUCGUGUUUCGCUGCUGGUAUGUCUGGAACAUCCUCUAUCGCGCGGCACAGUCCAUAUCAAAAGUUCAAACCCCUUGGAUCACCCUCGUAUCGACCCUGGAUACUUUAGAAAUGCUGCCGAUGCGAAAAUCAUGGCCGCGGGAAUCAAAUGGAUGGAUCAAGUGGCGAAGCGCCCGAUCCUGGCAAAGAGCCUUGGCGAGCGGAUCCUGCCACCACAGAAUGCUAGCAUCGAGACUGAAGAGGAACGGAUCGAGUUUGUCAAGAACCACAUCUCAACCCAGUACCACUUGAUUGGGACCUGCACAAUGGGGGAGGUUGUUGACGACAGGCUGAGGGUCAAGGGCGUAAAGGGCCUGCGUGUCAUCGAUGCUUCGGUCUUCCCUGGUCAUGUCUCCGGCAAUAUCAUGUCGUCGACGUACGCGGUCGCAGAGAAGGGGGCUGAUUUGGUCAAGGAGGAUGACGGACGAUAUUAG